AUGGUGGAGCUGCGUAACGAAGAUCCACGUGCCUUCCAGAACUUUAUGAGAAUGCCCCCAGACAUGUUUGACGAACUCGUGAACCGGCUCACUCCUCGACUGCUCAAGACACAGACCAACUUCGGAGCGAACUUAGAGCCUGGACUCACAGUGGCCUUAACCAUACGCCAUCUUGCCUCUGGUUCAAAAUACAGGGACAUGCAGUACGGUUGGAGGGUCCCUCACAACACAAUCAGCAAAGUUGUCAGAGGAGUAUGUACAGCCAUAUCAGAAGAGCACCUUGAUGAACAGAUGACUUGCCCUACCAACGAUGAAGAAUGGCGUGAAAUUGCCAAUGACUGGUUGCAGAGGUGGAACUUUCCUAACACAAUCGGCGCGAUUGAUGGCAAGCAUGUGGCAUGCAAAGCUCACCCAAACUCAGGCUCGGAAUAUUACAACUACAAGGGCCUUUUUCGUAUCAUUUUAGUUGCCCUGGUCAGUUCUGACUACAAGGUUAUUUGGGCUGAUGUAUCAGGAAACGGUUCCGCAUCAGAUGCUCAAAUAUACAACCAAAAUGAGCUGAAGCAAGGUCUCGAGAACAGCGACAUUAUGGGUUGGCCAACUCCAGGUCCCUUACCCAAUGACACCCAAGAUGUCCCAUACUUCAUUGUGGGUGACGAUGCUUUCUCUCAGAGAACAUACCUAAUGAAGCCAUACAGUGCAAAGGCCCUGACCAGGGAAGAGCGUAUCUAUAACUACAGGCUGUCGAGGGCCAGGAGAGUCGUCGAGAACACAUUUGGUAUCAUGGUGAAUAGAUUCCAAGUCCUUCUCACCACCAUGCAGCACCAUGCCGACACAGUCAAGCUGAUACUGAAGACUUGCAUUCUGCUCCACAACCUAAUGCGCACCCGCUACCCAGUCCUACAGAACAGGCUUGUGGACCGGCAGCUGAAGAAUGGACAAAUAGUUCCUGGAGAAUGGCGAAGGGGCCAAAACCUUGUUGACACAGUGGAGGUUCAAGCAAGAUCACAUUCGCAAUGCGACCGUUGUUUCCGCACCACGUGCGCAUUGCAUUCUCUAUGCAUACGAAUUUCCAUGGCAACUAACGAUCGCUUGACCUAUGGAGGUCACCGCUUGCACAAUACUCCAAAGUGA